UCAUUGAUUGAUAUCUAUUUCUCUCCUAUUCAGGUACCUAAAGAUAAGUUUCUUUUAAAGUCAAUGAAUGAGACAAACAAUUCUCAGGUGACUGAGUUUGUGUUGCUGGGACUCUCCAGUUCCAAGGAACUUCAACCUUUUUUAUUUCUCAUAUUCUCACUACUCUACCUGGCAAUAGUGCUGGGAAACUUUUUCAUCAUCCUGACUGUGGCCUCAGAUUCCCGCCUUCACACCCCCAUGUACUUUCUGCUUGCAAACCUCUCCUUCAUAGAUGUAUGUGUAGCCUCUUUUGCUACCCCCAAAAUGAUUGCUGACUUACUGGUUGACCAAAAGACUAUUUCUUUUGAUGCCUGUCUUGCUCAAAUUUUUUUUGUUCACCUCUUUACUGGCAGUGAAAUGGUACUUCUUGUGUCCAUGGCCUAUGACUGCUAUGUUGCAAUAUGCAAGCCCCUCCACUACAUGACAAUCAUGAGCCACCAUGUAUGUAUUAUUCUCGUCAUCAUAUCCUGGUGUGUGGGCUUCAUCCACACUACCAGUCAGUUGGCAUUCACUGUUAACUUGCCUUUUUGUGGUCCUAAUCAGGUUGACAGCUUUUUCUGUGACCUCCCUCUAGUGACCAAGCUAGCCUGCAUAGAUACUUAUGUUGUCAGUUUACUAAUAGUUGCAGACAGUGGCUUUCUUUCUUUGAGUUCCUUUCUCCUCCUGGUUUUCUCCUACACUGUGAUACUCAUUACAGUCAGGAGUCGCUCCUCGGUCAGCAUGGCAAAGGCCUGCUCCACACUCACUGCUCACAUCACUGUGGUCACAUUGUUCUUUGGACCGUGCAUUUUCAUCUAUGUGUGGCCCUUCAGUGAUUAUUCAGUUGACAAAGUGCUUGCUGUAUUCUACACCAUCUUUACUCCUAUUUUAAACCCAGUUAUCUAUACUCUAAGGAACAAGGAAAUGAAAGCAGCUAUGUCAAAACUGAAGAGUCGGUAUCUGAAGCCUGGUCAGGUUUCUGCAGUGAUAAGAAAUGUUCUUUUUAUGGAAGCAAAAUAA